AUGGCCUCCGCGAUUAGGGCCAACUGCAGAAAGGUUAUCUGCAUUGGCAGAAACUAUGCCGACCACAUCACAGAGCUGAACAACACCAAGCCCAAGCAGCCAUUUUUCUUCUUGAAGCCCGCUUCCGCUAUCCUCUGCCCCGGCGAAGGUCCUGUGCUGCGCCCUCAGGGAACCAACUUGCACUAUGAGGUCGAAUUGGCGCUGGUGAUGGGCAAGACCGUUCGGGAUCUUGACCCGAAUGACGAUAAGGGUGCUCUGGAUGCGAUUCACAGCUACCUCCUCGGUAUUGACAUGACCGCUCGCAACGUCCAAGAAGAAGCAAAGAAGAAGGGCCUCCCCUGGACCAUCGCCAAGGGCUUCGACACCUUCCUGCCUGUCUCCCAGGAGAUCACCAAGUCGCGUCUUCCCGAUCCUCACAAUGCUUUCCUCCGCUUGAGCGUUGGAUCGCAAGUGCGCCAGGCCGACUCCACCGGUCUGAUGCUUUACCGCAUCCCCAGACUUCUGGCGGAGAUCUCCCGUGUCAUGACUCUGGAGAAGGGUGACCUUGUCCUGACUGGUACCCCUAAGGGUGUUGGUCAGGUCAAGUCUGGCGAUGUCAUGAAGGCGUCCAUUGAGUAUGACGGUAAGGAGCUCGAGGAGGGUCGCAUUGAGGUCGAGGUCAAGGACCGUGAGGGUAGAUACCGGUACAGUGAGACCUAA